UCCCCUCCGUCCAUUGCGCUCUCUCAACCUCCCCAUUUCUCUCUCUAUAUAUAUACUUAGAGCUCAACGACUCCACCUUUCUUCCUCUCGUCUCUGUUCUUCUUCUUCUUCUUCUUCUUCUACCCCUCGCAUUCUUGGUUCUUCUUCCCAACCUUGCCAUAAAAAUCCGAUCUUUGCCUCUUUUUCGCGCCUCUCGCUGCAACCUUCACCCUCAGGAAUGGAAAAGGAGCGAUUUUUCGGGGUGAACUGGCAGUCGCCUGACGCGACGACGCCGCCUGAGUUGAACUCCGGCGGCGCCGCCGACGACCGAUUGCCGCCGACCUUCCUCAACCUCGGCUGGGCGCAGCUGAUGCACCACAACGUCCAGUCCGGCUCGUCCCUGGGUUCUCUCGUCUCAUCGCUGUCCUCCAAUCCGCCGACCGUUAACGACAGCGUCGUCAUACACGAGCUCUUCGGCCAUCUCGGAAGCGUCUGCGACGCCGGGGAGUUCCCCCCGACCUCGCUGUACCACAGUGCUAACGUGUCCUGUUACAGCGCGCCGCUGAGCUCCCCCCGAAAGCUCAACCUUUUCGUGACGGAUCACCAGCAGCAGGGCAGGGGAGGAGUGAUGCCAAGCAAUCAAAUGGCGGCAGCGCAAUUCGCGCCAUCCAACUCGGAUCGGGCGAAGAGUUACGACUUGCUCAGGGGCCAAUUUGGGUUCCCAGAGGCAGGGAAGCUGUCGAGGGUCUCGAGCAGCCAGUCUCUGAAGGCAGCCGAUGGGUCGCAGAUGGGAGUUCCGGACGACGGGAAGCGUGUCCCGGUAACGGACCCAGAGAGUUUGGAGAUGGAGCUGAGGUCCAAGUUCGGUGGUAGGGCAUCGGGAGCUUCGACGCCGGACGAAAUGGGGCUCGGUAAUGGCCAGGAUGCAUCGUCGGCACUAGAUACAAAGAUCAACGCGAGGAAGCGGAAAUCCAAAGGAAAGGAGGCGUCUUUGUCAUCCUCCAUUGUGAAUCAUCCCAUGUCCACCGAGGAGGACAAUUCGGAUGCAAAGAGAUGCAGACCAGCUGAAACCAAUGGAGCUGGCAAGGAUGCGGCAGCGAAGCCGAAGACCGAGCAGAACGGUGAUGCCGGUCAUGAACAAGGAAAAGAGAACAAUGCCAAGCUAGCAGAGCCUCCCAAGGACUACAUCCAUGUCAGGGCAAGAAGAGGGCAAGCCACCGACAGCCACAGCCUCGCCGAGAGGGUCAGAAGAGAGAAAAUUAGCGAGAGGAUGAAGCUCCUGCAAGAUCUCGUGCCGGGUUGCAAUAAGAUCACUGGCAAAGCUCUUAAGCUGGAUCAGAUCAUCGGCUACGUGCAGUCGUUGCAGCGCCAAGUCGAGUUCUUAUCGACGAAGCUGGCCACCUUGAAUCCUCAGCUGGACUUCCUCCCAAAAGAUGUAAGGCAAUCGAAUUCUCUCCGAUCCGUCAUCUCUUCUCUGUCCAAUUUGCAUCAGGCUUACCCUAUUCCAUUGCCACAGCAAAUCUAUCCAUUAGACAUGACGAGCACUGCAUUCUCAUACGCUCAGCAACCUCUGCAGAGCGUCGCAACCAUAAACCCAACGAGUUCCUCCCUGCACCGACCGCCGCUUGAUGGAUUCACAGAUGCAACCUCUCAGCUCGGGAAUUUGUGGGAGGAUGAUCUCCAGUAUGCUGUUCGGAUGGGGUUUGCGCAAAGCCAGGGGACCGCCGCCUUCUCCCAAAGCUCGCUGGCAGAGUGAAUCGACUCAACCUGGUCACACCAUGAAUUCAGGGACAAGCUGCAUGAAUAUUGCUUAUGAUCAUUUGAUUUCAUAGUAAAUUAAAGGACUUCUGUAUGUAAUCUGUGGAAAAAGUUUGAGUCCAUCUUCGAGAAGACUGAUUAUUGCUUGGUUUAGAGAGAUGGAUGCACUCAUUCAACUCUCGAAGAUGAAAUGAGAUGUCUUCUCUCAUGCUCUA